AUGUUGUUGACAAUUUUCGUACUGAUGGUUACAAUUUAUAAUGGAUUAUGUGAGAAAGUGUCACCGAAACCAGGUCUGAAAUUAUUUAGAGAGGAUUAUAAAAGCGUGGAGGAGACCUGUCUGGCUGUUGGAUUUGUCAGAAACAACUGUAGAAAUAAUUCUAAGGCGAUGUCAAAGAUGGCUUUAACUUUAGAUCACCCGGUGGUUGCUUUUGAUGUUCGGUUAAGAGAUCAUAAAAGAAAUCUUGCCACAAAAGCCCGUGUUGUGUUCGAAACAGUUGAUCUGAACGAAGGACUAGGAUACAACGCCUCAACCGGAAUUUUCACGGCCCCUAACGGCGGGAUCUAUGUGUUUGACUGGACAACUCUUACAAUUUUAGGUCAAGCUGCCUACACUUCUCUUGUCGUAAAUGACCAGUUCAAGUCGUGGAACCAUUGUCACGACGGGAUUUCUAAAACAUACCUUCCCUGUAGCAAACUGACGAUUGUGAAGCUAAAGCAAGGAGAUAAAGUUUGGAUAGGAGUUUAUACUGGAACAGCUAAUAUCAAUAAUCACUACACUUCAUUUUCUGGUUACAAGCUGUAAUCAAAUGUACGAUAAAGUAUUUUCAAAAUACUAGAUAAAAGUAGUUCCUAUCAUGUAUCUCUUUCUUGGUCACUGUUCAUUUUAAUAAAACAUUGGAUACACGGAACUACAUGUA